CCAGGCAGGGGGGUUGGAACUACAUGAUCCUUGAGGUCCCUUCCAACCCAGGUCAUUCUGUGAUUCCAUGUCACGGUGCGGGUGGUUGGGGCAGUGUAGGGAGCUAGGCGUAGUCGCACGGCAGGAACCGCGGCUCCAGCGGGGUUGUGGCAGUUCGGCGUGGUGGGAUGCUGUAUGAAUCAUAGAGUCGUAAAGGUUGGAAAGGACCGCUAAGAUCAUCAAGUGCUGCAAACGUCAGCCCAUCCCCACCAAGCCCACGGAGCACAUCCCUCAGGGCCACAUCGCACAGUUCUCACACACCUCCAGGUCUGUGGAGGUCUUCUCCAGUCUGGAGAAGAGGAUGCUCAGGGGAGACCAAGUGACUGCUUGGUGCCAUUUUACCUUCAUUUACCUGAUGAACUUUGUGACCUCAGUAAGCUAACCCAGGGCAUCCUGGAAUCAGAGCUUCCUUCUUGGUGGGUACCUGAUAAGAAAGCCUCAUUAAUGGCACUCUGUAGGGUCUUGCUGCUAGGCAGAUGCAACAUCGUAAUACUGCUUGUGGCUGCUAACAUUGUGGAACUUUCUGUCAGCUUCCAGGGUCUCUGCUGAGGGCAAAGUGGGAGCCUGCUACAUUGGUUCCUCUGGCUUCCCUGCUUAGGAUCACAAACCAACAUUUUUAGGAUCAGCUUGCCAAGACCAAGGCAAGACCAGAAAAGCAAGGAGGGGCAGUGCUUCAUAUUUCUGAGAGAUUUAUGCAGCCUUGCCACAAUGAACUGCUGUAAGUAUUACAUUGACUACAUCCUGGACAAUGAGAUCGUUGAUGAUGUGGCCAUUGUGGGCCACUCCGAUAACAUGAGUAGGGCCAAGCCAGGAGGGCUGCUGUCAGCUGUCUCACCUCAUGAAGUAAACUUGAUCACAGGCCAGGACAGGGAAACGUUCCUGAUGACUGGAAUCACAAUUGCAGGGAAGAAGUGCAGUGUGAUUCGUGACAGCCUGCUGGUGGAAGGAGACAACGUGAUGGACAUCAUACGCAAAGGUAGUGACAGCAGAUCCAUCUGUGUAGGCUGGACCCCCAAAGCCCUGAUCUUCCUCAUGGGCAACAGAGGAGUCCGUGGAGGAGUCCUCAAUAUGAAGAUCUGUGAUAUGAUUGCCAGCCUGACAGUGUGGCAAAUGGCACUAGAGCAACAGGAAUCUUCCACCUGAAUAUGGUGACACCAUCAUAGCUUUAGCAGAGAAAGGAAAUAAACCUGGUUUUCUAGCAUAUGCCUUUACCUGCUUCUUUCAGGUAGGGGGAUGCUGGAUGAGCAGCAGUACGGGGGGUGCCCACGCUGCCUGAGCAGCUUCAGGAGUGCCACUCCUCCAUCCCCAUCACCUUCAAAUCAUUACAUAUAAUAUAACAAAUCUAAUAAAGCCCUUUCUGCAGGGCUUUGCAGUCAUCCCACUUUGAUUUCAGAUGGAUAUGGUCAAAACAUAUUUUACAUCACACCCCCGCACCAAUUGCAUCCUCCUUCUAGAGUCAUCACCACAACAAAUAAAGUCAAAAGGUUCCUUCCUGAGAAGAGAAGAGAAGAGAAGAGAAGAGAAGAGAAGAGAAGAGAAGAGAAGAGAAGAGAAGAGA